AUGAGAGUCAAUAUUUUAAAAUACGUUUUUUUUUCAAUUGUUAUUUGUUCUUUUGAAUAUGCCAAAGAUGAACUAUACUUUGUAAACGAUAGAGGGAUAUACCUUGAAAGGAAUGCAAUAAACUUUAGAAAUAAUAGGAUAUUAGCAGAUGCAGACAAUCAAUUAGAUUUAAAUGAGUUUUAUCAAUCAACUUUGAGUCUUGCAAGUCAAUUUAGUGAUUGUAUUGAAGAUAACAAAGAAAUAACAAAGCUUCGAAAUAUUAUAGAUUCACAUUUAAAUAAUAAAGAAUGUAACACAAUACUUGAUUUAAAAAAUGUAGAUAGUAAGACAAAAAAAAUAAUUAAUAAGUUUCGAAAAGAAUUAGAAGAAGCAAAAAAAAUGGUUGAUAAUCAAAGGAAUGAUGAAUUACCAAUACAGCGAAUACAUGAUAAAAUAAUAGUAAAAAAAGAUGAAAAUAGUUCUGUAUCAGAACAUGAAGACUUUAAACAAUUGAAAAAUUAUGAAAAUAAUGUAAUUACAUCAAGUAAUCGUUAUAUGGAAUUAAAAUUGUCUAGAAAAUAUAAAAAAGAAUCAAAAAAAUUCCUCUUGUCAUGUUUUACAUUUGUAGCAAUUGGUUUAGCGGCAAUACCAGGGUCGUUGUAUGUAAUGAUACUAUUUAUACCGACUUUUUUUUCCAUAUUUUUUUACUUAUGGAGAGUUAAUAAAUAUUCCAAUAAAUUAAAAAUAUAA